UUCGGAAAUCAAAUCUGAUAAGCAAGAAUAGAGUUCAGCCAUGGGAAUUGUACCUCUUCUCUUUUCCCCAUCCACACCCAAUUUUCUUCUUCAACCCGCCCUCUCAUUCACCGGACCAAAUUUCCGCCACCGCAAAACCCUAAUUCCCAAAACACCCUUUUCAUCAUUUAGAAACGGCAGCAACACUCCGUCUGAAACGGGGUGUCCUGUUCCCACGGAACAACAGCCGUUAAACGAGUACCAGGAUCUCUCUACUUCGUUCCCGUUUUCUUGGGCUUCCGGUGACAUUGUUGAGUAUGGUUCUCGUUUGUUCCUUACCGGAGCUUGCUUUGCUUUCUUUGUCGGCUUACCUGUAGCCUGGUAUGGCUCUAUUAGGCCGGAAACUGAGCCGUUUAAGCCGAUUUUUGCAGCUGCUUCGAGUGGGAUUCUUGUGGUUAGCCUUGCUGUUGUGAGAAUGUAUCUGGGUUGGGCUUAUGUUGGCAACCGAUUGCUCAGUGCCACUGUUGAAUAUGAAGAGACUGGAUGGUAUGAUGGUCAGAUAUGGGCGAAGACUGCUGAAGUUCUUGCACGAGAUAGACUUGUCGGUUCAUUUUCAGUUAAGCCUGUACUGAGCAGAUUAAAGAACACUCUCAUAAUCCUGGCAACAUUAUUAUUCGUAUGCGGUGUUCUCUUCUUCAAUGUUGAUGGCUAUGUAACAUCUAAAGUGACUACGAAGGACAGAGUUAUACCUGGUGUUUACAAUGACGAAUCAGCCAGAUCGUUCGAGCCAGACGCAUUCUGUGGUGAGCCAGAUCUUUCCUAGUUGAUUAUAUAAUUUAUCAGUUGUUAAUACUUUGUAUAGGCUAGUAUAUCUUGUACAGCUUUACAUGUAGCUAUAAAUGUUGUAUACUGUGACACUUUCUUCCAUAUGGAGGAAAUAUAUUGACAAUUGAAGAGCAUUAAAAUAUGUA